UCCAUAAAAUAAUGGAUACACAGAGUAUUCUCUAAUUACAACUAGAGGGUGCAAUCUAUAUUUCUUCAAGCUAACAAAAAUCUCGACUGUACAAUACGAAAUAGAAAAAUAUAUGGAAAAUGUUGAAGAACCCGAGAUUUAAUCCCAGGUUCCGUUCGAGCCGCCUCUGCCCCUGAUUUUGAUGACGAGCCCCCCCAAGUGCAGAAGUUCAACGGCUGAGGUGAAACACCUCGGCCCUGGAUUGGAGCUCGGGAUUUAAACUCGGGCUAUGUAGCAUAGUCCAAAAUAUAUACCCAUAAACACAUGGUUAUUGUUCACGCACAUGAACCAAUGAGUUUUUUCCUCCACAUAAAAGAAAAUAUCCCAACAAUCCCACCAAAAUCUGUCCAAAAUAAACAAAAUUUUCCAUUCAUAUAUAUUCCCCCGGUCUAUUCUUCUUUCACUAUUCUGACUACAGAGAAGAUGUCUGAAUAUGAUAGGAAAAGAGAAACCAAAGAAUUUGAUGAUACAAAAACUGGUGUAAAAGGUCUAUUGGAAAAAGGGUUGUCGAAAAUUCCUCGUAUAUUUUUCCAUGAUCAGUAUAUACUUGAAAAGAAAUCAGUCUCUGCCAGUCCAGAGUACUCUAUCCCAAUAAUUGAUUUUGAAGGCUUAAACGAAAAUGCAGUGAAGCGUAAAGAAAUCGUCAAUAAAGUUAAAGACGCUUGUGAAAGUUGGGGCUUUUUCCAGAUCAUCAAUCAUGGGAUUCAGGUAAGCAUCUUGGAUAAAGUAACUGAAGGUAUAAGAAAAUUUCAUGAGCUAGAAACUGAGGUGAAAAAACAGUAUUAUUCCCGGGAUGUUAAGAGGAAGAUUACUUUCAACACUAAUUUUGAUUUACUGCAAGCGUCUACAGCUAACUGGAGGGACAGCAUUUAUUUUGUUAUGGCUCCUGAUCCUCCAGAACCUGAAGAAAUUCCAGAGGUGUGCAGAAAUAUCAUGAUGGAAUACACGAAGGAAGUAAUGAACUUGGGGUUUACACUGUUUGAAUUGCUCUCAGAAGCAUUAGGACUAAACCCAAAUCACUUGAGAAACAUGGAUUGUGCCGAGGGGCUUUACAUCCUUGGCCAUUAUUAUCCACCGUGCCCUGAACCAGAUCUGACGUUAGGCCUCAGCAAUCAUACUGAUUGCAGUUUCUUGACUGUACUUUUACAAGACCAAAUUGGUGGUCUCCAAGUUUUGCACCAAAAUCAGUGGGUAGAUGUGCCUUCUUUGCCUGGAGCUCUAGUUGUAAAUGUUGGAGACCUUGUGGAGCUUAUUACCAAUGCGAGGUUCAAAAGCGUCUAUCACAGAGUAUUGGCAAAGAAUAUAGGGCCAAGAAUCUCAGUCGCAAGUUUUUUCAGAUUGCAUUUUCAAGAAAGCAGUAAAACUAAAGUGUAUGGGCCGAUCAAGGAGUUAUUGUCUGACGAACAUCCAGCCAUCUACCGAGAAACCACCAGCGAAGAGAUUGCUACGUGCCGCUACACCAAAGGCCUUGAUGGGACCCCACUACUCUCACACUUUAGGUUGAAUGCAACUGCCAAUGAGUGAUUUAAAUCAGCUUUAAUGUCUUGAGCAAUGUGCCAUGUUAAAUUGUGUAGAUAUAAAAAAAUUUGAAGUCAUUAUGUUAUUAUGAAUCAGAUCGUGCAAAUAUAGUAUGUGCGAGUGAUAUCUUUAUAUCAUAUAUGUAUGCAUACAGACCUUUCGAUUUAAGCCAUAAUGAUUUAGUA